AUGCCUAGUUCGCUCUUUGCCGACAUGGAGAGGAAUGGCAGCAACCAGGGGGACGCCUUGGACGACCAAAGAGCUCUACAGAUAGCGUUGGACCAGCUUUCGUUGCUUGGCUUGGAUAACGAUGAAAAUUCCAUGUAUGACAAUGAGCCGAGGAAAAAGAGCGUCAACAUGACCGAGUGUGUUCCAGUUCCUAGUUCGGAGCAUGUUGCCGAAAUCGUUGGAAGACAAGGUUGCAAAAUUAAAGCCCUGCGAGCAAAGACCAACACCUAUAUCAAGACUCCUGUGCGAGGAGAGGAGCCAGUCUUUGUUGUGACAGGCAGAAGAGAGGAUGUAGCCAUGGCUAGGAGGGAGAUCAUAUCCGCAGCCGAGCACUUCUCUAUGAUCCGAGCCUCCCGGAACAAAAACAGCAGUCUGAAUGGGGGUGCCUCUGUGCCUGGACCUCCUAAUCUGCCGGGGCAGACCACCAUUCAGGUGCGGGUGCCGUACAGGGUGGUGGGUUUGGUGGUUGGACCCAAGGGGGCUACCAUCAAACGCAUCCAGCAGCAGACGCACACUUACAUAGUCACGCCCAGCCGGGACAAAGAGCCAGUGUUCGAGGUGACCGGGAUGCCUGAGAAUGUGGACCGGGCUCGCGAGGAAAUUGAAGCACACAUUGCCAUGCGUACUGGAGGCCUCAUUGAGCUGACAGACGAGAAUGACUUCCACGCCAAUGGCACAGACGUGGGCUUUGACCUGCAUGGCCAUGCCAGCCUUUGGAGCAAGCCUAGCUCCAGCGUCACCCCGAACUCCGUACGCAAGCCUUUCUCCAACUAUCGCAACGAUAGUUCCAGCUCUCUCGGCAGCGCCUCCACCGACUCCUACUUUGGUAACAACAGUUCCAGAUUGGCCGACUACAGCCCUCCCAGUCCUGCCCUCAGCUACACUGCCUCUAGCAAUGGCAACAACAACAACAACAACAUCAAUAUCAAUGUGAACAGCAAUGGGAAUGGAUUUGUCUACAGCGGUGAGGUGAUCUCACCUGAUUGCACUGACCUGACCUUUGAGUCCUCGCCUGGUUUUGACCCCACACCUGCACCGCCUGGCCUGAUCUGGUCUCAAUAUGACCGUGGUGUGACCCCCACAAAUGGCACCACCUCCACUAUCUUCCCUGCCAAUGCUUCCACUAACGCUAACGGGAUGAUGGUCAAUCAGAGGAGGGCAAAUGGGGUGGGAUGUACCAGCCAACCCAGACUGUCUCCACCCUUGCACCAUGCAGGUAGUGCCACAGAGCACCCACUCGCGCGAAGGGUCCGCAGCGACCCGGGUGGUGGCACCCUGAGCUUCCCGACCUAUUCCAACGGCAUGGCCUCCCUGCCAGGGUCCCACCUUCCCGGGGUGCCGUCCGACUCCUCCGCCUCCUCCUCCUCCUCUUCGUCCUCCUCAUCGUCUGGGACGAGCCGCAAGGGCAGUCGAGACUGCUCGGUGUGCUUCGAGAGCGAGGUCAUUGCCGCGCUGGUACCCUGUGGCCACAACCUGUUCUGCAUGGAGUGUGCCAACCGCAUCUGCGAGAGGAACGAGCCCAAAUGCCCCGUCUGUCAUGCUGCAGUUACUCAGGCUAUACGUAUAUUUUCUUAA